UCUACUUUCGCUUCCUCAACGGGAGUUGAUCAACUUGAUUAUACUUUCUGUCACAAUAAUGACCAACAACGUCGAAGACCAAACGCCUGUUUCGCGAAAAGACGUGUUCGUUAAGUAUCUACAGUACUACGACAGAUUUUGUUGUGAAGGCGACCUGAAAGUGUGCUCAGAGACACAGGUGACAGAUGAAGCCAGGCGCGUGCUGCUGUUACCGGAGGAAGAGCCGCGGAAGAGAUUCAACACGCCGGACUUCUAUGAGACUCUGUAUGAGUGCGCACAGUACAGAGACUGCCAGAGACGAGUCCGCGACUUUAAAAAAGCCGCCGAGUUACUGGAGAUGUUCUGUGUCAACCUGUUUUUGUUUCCGUGGAAGAAAGAGAUUAAAACAUUAAAGACAUUUACAGGACACUUUGUCUAUUACAUCAAGCCAGUAUUGCCUUUUGCCAGAAGUAUUCUUCAGAUUAUUGGAUACUGCAUGGAAACAGACACCGAGUAUAAAUUGUCGGACAAUUUUGACCCCGACAAGGCCAAGAGUAUGGGAUUCGACCUUUUCCUUGUCAGGUUAGAGUGUGAGUAUCUUCUGGAGCUCAUGAACCAGAGAUCACAUGUAGAAUGUCUGGAGAUCAUCCAAACAAGAGCUGCUCCUCUGACCUUCGUUGCUGGGGAAGAAGCUUCAGAACCUAUCAGCAACAUCUGUAAUCUAAAUGAGGAUGUUUUUAAGGAUGAUGGGCAUGUUGAAGGUGGGUCACUGGUAAGCCCAGGGGAAGAGCAGCAACAGGAGUCACUUAAAAGUCAUAACCCUCAUGAUCAGGGAGCCGACAAGUCUCAAGAUUCGUCUAUCUCUGAUGUAGAGAGACCAUCCAACUCAUUUAUGACUGACGACAAGUCUAUCUUAGAGAUGCAGAAGAACUACCCAGACCUGGCCAUCCGACAAAAGCCUAUUUUCCGAAAGUCUCAAAGAUCUAUACAGCCUCUCAAAGCCCAGGAGUGGGCUGGAUCCAGGGGCCACAAUGCAGGCCUGUUCCACGAGGCCAGUACUGACAUGAGUGGCCCCCAGUCUAUAGCCAUACACACUGAGACCACGCCAGGACAUAGAAAACUUCACAUCCCAAAUGCUCUUGUAGAAGCCCAGCCCUCAGAUGACAAACCAUUGGUUCUUCAAGUCGGGAAGCUGCUGCAAGGACGUAGCCGUGAAGGCUCAUCAGAAGACUGCCUGGCUGAGCUCACUGAGCAAAUGGGGAAAAUGCACAUGAAGGAACUCAGUGCAGAUGAGCCUCUUAAAUAUCCCAUUGAGGAGACCGCACAGGCCCAGCCAUGCAGUGGCCCUAAUGACGUCAUCACGGCUCCACCCACAAAAUCCCCAGAUGGCAUGAGCUUGCCCAUCCUGUGCAGCCCAUCCCAGGAGCCUGUCUGCAACAUCACAGGUUGUGGGAGCUGUGUUGCAUCUGAUGGCAUUUUUGCACAGGACAGCCUCAUUAAAGAGCCUCCUCAGUCAAUCUACAUCCCUAGUGCACUAAGUGCCUGCCCACCAGUGUUUGGACCACCAACUGACCACAAUGAGGGCUCAAACGGGCACAAGAGUCCUACACCUCAGCAACCAGAAGACGACCUAGUCCAAACAUAUGUGGUGAUUUAGAGACACAAAGUCCUGUUUUUUCCUUAUCCAUGGCAGAGAUUUUAAAGUGUACUAGAAUGUGGCAGUGCACCAAAAAUGUCUUUGUGGUAGUCAUGAUAUGCAAAGCAUUUUCACUGAUAGGAAGUUUCUUGUUAAUGAAGCCCUGAUUUCAGAUUAGCUUUAGUAUCUUACAGUUUAUGAAAGUGACAGGAAGAACAUCUGCACCCUUUGUCUUUAACUUCUAUCAUAGCUUUUUGAAGUGAAGGAACACAUCUUGCUGCUAUAAUUUUCAUGAACCUGCUUGGGUCAAAAUGAUUAUUAGAGCUUGAUUUUCUAAGUAGGCCUACUGUGCCUUACUAAAUGUAGAGACAAAUAAAUGUGCACUUUGUUUUCUUAAUGGAACAUUUGUUCUGCUGGGAUGUCUAUCCUUGGAUUAAUGUGGGGUAAUAUAAGUGUUAAAAAAAUGGUGUUCAGGGCUUCAUUUAUAAAACGUUCGUACACACAGAUUUGAUCCUAGAGUGUAAGCUAAAAUUCAUGCCAGUAUUAAGAUUUGUAAAAACGGUCUGACAUGGAAAAGUGCUUAGUGCCAUGUCAGGUUCUAAGCAGGUGUACACAUAUUUUUCUUGUAGCAGAAUUGGACUACUGCGGGUAUUUGGAAAUCAAAAAAAUGUUGUCACUUGUCAUUCACAAGUAAAGGAUUUGGACAUUGACUGGUGCUCUUUUAUAUGCUAAUGACAUUGAUUAGGGGUGUUUACAAGACAAGAGAUUUGAAACAAUUCAGCUGUGCACAAUUUCAAGAUCAUUUGUGAUUUAUAGAUUCACAUCUGGAAGAGAGGCAUAUACGCACUUUUUUUUUGUGUGCGUAAAUUCAUUUCUCUGAAUCACAUGCACAUUUGAGAAAUGAUCUUAGAUCAAAUGUAGGAUGGUUUCUGUGCAACGUUUUAUAAAUAAAGCCCCUGGUGCAUCUUUAUUAUACUAGCUGUUAUUUAAAGUAACAAGGUGCAAACAAGUUUUGUAUUGAUCUUAAAGUGCUACUGAGGCUACAGUGGAGCACAUCAUAGAAUUAUGUGACUGUAAAUUACA